ACAAAGCCCUAAAACGCUGCACAGGUCACAAUUCACAAAACCCUUGAACACAACUUCCCUGUGCCUCUUUUGUUGUUCCUGCAUCCUCCGAGACGCCAAAAGACUGUAUUUUCUCCGAUCGAUCUCCGAGUACAAAAAUGUCGUUGGUGGCGAUCGAGGAUUUUCAGCACAUAUUGCGUGUGCUGAACACAAACGUUGAUGGGAAGCAGAAGAUAAUGUUCGCUCUGACCUCAAUCAAAGGUAUUGGGAGGCGAUUUGCUAACAUUGUCUGCAAGAAGGCCGAUGUUGACAUGAACAAGAGGGCUGGUGAAUUAACUCCUGCUGAGCUGGACAAUCUCAUGGUGGUUGUUGCUAAUCCUCGACAAUUCAAAAUCCCAGACUGGUUUUUGAAUAGGCAGAAGGAUUACAAGGAUGGGAAAUAUUCUCAGGUUGUGUCAAAUGCUUUGGAUAUGAAAUUGAGAGAUGAUUUGGAACGUUUGAAGAAGAUCAGGAACCACCGUGGUCUGAGACACUACUGGGGUCUUCGUGUCCGUGGUCAGCACACCAAGACCACUGGUCGCAGAGGGAAGACUGUCGGUGUCUCAAAGAAGCGCUGAGAUAUUAUUUAUUGUCAGGCAAUGGUAGUCUACUAUUUUUGAAUAUCUGUGCUUAAGCCAGUUUUGGAGGAAUGGUAUUGAAUUGGAUGUGUUUUUAAUAUUGUGAACCUUAUUACCGUUUUGGUUUUUUAAAUGGUUGUGAAUUAUUUUUACAUUUUAGUUGCA